CUCCGAACCCUGACCCAGAGCAGAAGUGCGCGGUCUUUGUCAGGAAAGCUACUGGACUGGUCAACUGCAAUGUCUUUCAACAAAUACUCUGCUACCAUGCUGGAUGAGAGCAACAAUGGGACACACACAGCAGCGCUGAACAGAGACCCACCCGGAGCAGCUGGGAGCCUUUCUGAGAACGACAGCAGGGUGGAGCUAACCAACGACAACAGCCCUCUGACGGCGGCUGAACCUCCCUCUCCUUUCAGCCUCAAACAGAACCAAGAUGCUGCCUCACCACAAGAUGCUAACCAGUGUUCGGCAGGAAGCAGGAAGAGAGGCAGGAAGAGGCCUGAGGACCAGAAGCUGACAUGGGGCUCUUACUGCCAGGACAAGUGUUUAGGAGAAGGUCAGUUGGGCCUAAGACAGAGACCUCAGCGGAGGACUUUCUACCAGGCCAGCCACACAACAAACGUGCACAACAAACAUCGCAGGCAGCAACACAAACGGGAACACAACAUGUCAUCAUAUGCUGGUGGCCCUCAGGGAGUUGUGUCUCCUGAAGACCCAGUGACCCCGUGUCCAGAUCUGAUGGAACAAGACUCCAAGGAUUCAGCCCAGAGCAGCAGCACUAUGUCCAGCUCAGAAAACCAACCAGAAUACAGCGACAACAAAGGUUUUGGAAUUGGUGAAUUUGUUUGGGGAAAGAUCAAGGGCUUCUCCUGGUGGCCAGGCAUUGUGGUGACCUGGCGAGCCACGGGCAAACGACAGGCCAGCCAUGGCAUGAGGUGGCUCCAGUGGUUUGGAGAUGGCAAGUUCUCUGAGGUUUCUGCGGACAAGCUGGACUUUCUGACAGCCUUCCCCAAGUUCUUCAACCAGGCUUCUUACACCAAGCUGGCCUCUUAUCGCAGAGCUAUCUUUCAAGCACUAGAGAUGGCCAGCGUCAGGGCAGACAAGACGUUUCCUCCAUGUGCAUCAGAUAACCCAGAGGACCAGGUCAAACCCAUGCUAGACUGGGCCAACGGAGGCUUUCUGCCCAAAGGAGAGGAAGGACUCAAACCAACUCCCAGCUGCGAUGGGAACCCUUUGGACCACCAGAUUGUCAACGUUUCCCUGCAUGACUACUUUGCUAGUGCGAAGCGGCCCAAAUACAGUUUGUGCAAAAACAAAGCGGCCCCUGAGGAGUCCUGCAGCAGAGAACAAAUGGUGAAUGAAGUCCGAGAGAAGAAGCUAAGUAUUGAAGAUUUCUGUCUCUCUUGUGGACAAAUGAGAACAGCAACCUUCCACCCGCUGUUUGAAGGAGGCUUGUGCCAAACAUGCAAGGAUGUGUACCUGGAAACGUCCUACAUGUACGACGAUGAUGGCUACCAGUCCUACUGCACUGUCUGCUGUGGAGGUCGAGAGGUUCUGCUCUGUGGCAAUGCCAACUGCUGCAGAUGUUUCUGUGUGGACUGUCUGGACAUCCUGAUUGACCCCGGAGCUUCUAACAGCGCUCGGUACCAGGACCCAUGGCGAUGCUACAUGUGCCAGCCCCUCCUGCAGUAUGGGGUCCUCAAACGACGGCACGACUGGAGCAUGAAGCUGCAGGAGUUCUUUGCUAAUGACAACGGACAGGAGUUUGAGAAAACUAAGAUUUUCCCAGCAGUCCCUGCAGAGCAGAGACGACCAAUCAGAGUCCUCUCCCUGUUUGAUGGCAUUGCCACUGGCUACCUGGUUCUAAGGGACCUGGGUUUUAAGGUGGACCAGUACGUGGCGUCAGAGGUGUGUGAGGACUCCAUCUCAGUGGGUGUUGUCAGACAUGAAGGAAAGAUCCAGUAUGUCCACGAUGUUCGAAACAUCACCAAGAAAAAUAUUCAGGAAUGGGGUCCAUUUGACCUGGUGAUCGGAGGAAGUCCCUGCAAUGACCUCUCUAUUGUCAACCCUGCAAGAAAAGGCCUCUAUGAAGGUACAGGGAGGUUGUUCUUUGAGUUUUACCGCCUGUUGAGCGAGACCAAGCCCAAAGAAGGAGAGGACCGGCCCUUUUUCUGGAUGUUUGAGAACGUGGUGGCCAUGGGCGUCAAUGAUAAAAGAGAUAUCUCCCGAUUCCUGGAGUGUAACCCAGUGAUGAUUGAUGCUAUUGAGGUCUCUGCUGCACAUCGUGCUCGGUACUUUUGGGGCAACCUACCGGGAAUGAACAGGCGUCUGUGUGCUUCUGGGAUGGAUAAGCUGGAGCUUCAGGACUGUUUGGAACAUGGCCGAGUAGCAAAGUUUGGGAAAGUGAGAACCAUCACCACUCGCUCCAACUCCAUCAAACAAGGCAAAGAUCAACAUUUCCCAGUGUUGAUGAAUGGGAAGGAGGAUGUGCUGUGGUGCACUGAACUGGAGAGGAUCUUUGGGUUUCCUGUCCACUACACUGAUGUGUCCAACAUGGGUCGUGGUGCCAGACAGAGACUCCUGGGCCGGUCCUGGAGCGUCCCUGUUAUCAGGCACCUGUUUGCACCUCUCAAAGACUAUUUUGCCUGUGAUUAA